AAAUGCAAUGAAAAAAAAUAAAAUUACAUACAUGAAUCUAAAAUUAAAAAAUUAAACUUUUUUUUUCAAGAUUGAAUAAUGGCUGUCAUUAUCAUUCAAUUUUGAACUUAGAGCCAAGUAUUAUGAGUGAAAUCGACUUGAAUAAAUUUGGUCAAUCCAAAUCAUGUGCUAAAAUAGGUGUUAUCAUUAAAAAAAAUACAUUUUGUACCUGAGCCAUAAGUUUUAAUAAUUUGAAAAUUUCACAAAAUAUUUAUUUCAGUACCUCCUAGGUUAUCCCUAACAUUAACUUCAAUACAGGUUCAUCUGACCAAAAUAUUUAGCGUUACAUUAAAUAGUGAUCAUACUGUAUAUAUAUGGUGAAAACCUACGCUACUAAAUGUAACUUCCAAUUCUCAAAUUAAUAACCAGCAAUUUUGUAUUAAUUGAUUUUAUACAAAUAUUAUGUACUGUAUAAUGAUAAGUUAGGCCCUAAGGAUUUCCUGUCAUUCUUCGUGUACCUGUUGUACCUUCGAAGAUGACUGUGAUGAGUUGCUGGAACUGAACUGGUCGUAGAGUCCGGUGACUCCAAGGUGUCAGGCUGCGGUCAGCUGGACGUCGUCGUAAUUAGCAAAACAUAAAGACCCCAACCACUUACAAAGAAUUGUCAUUUACGUAUAAGACUGUGUUCGAUACGAAUGAAUAGUGGAAUAUUCAAGAAAAGAGGUGAUCAGGAAAUCUGGUAAACUAGGAGCUCAUCCUCGAUCGGCUGCAUGUUCACUUCGGUGAUCUUUGUCGGGACAAUGAGCUCUUGCAACGGUUUAACGUACUCAUCUGUGACGGACACAAUUCUUUGACACUCGCGGAUCCCCACGAAUCACUAGGUAUCGUAUGCCAAUCGUGUGCCACGGUGUACCUGUUGAUCUGAUUCUGUUUGAUUUCGAGACCCUUCAUUGCAGGUGCCCAGCGUCAGACCAGUCGAUUUUCGUGGAUGUAAUAACAAGUGUACCACAAACGAAAGUUCAAAUCAACGUAUACGAUUUAACACUGAAUUGGUCGAUUACAUAUUUAUGAUCGAUACCGACAUCUUAUUAACAAUCUGUUUGCGUUAAACUGUCAAAAGUUUCUGAUAUGACUUUGGUCAUGGUAGAAUGGAUUCUCAAGUUAACAUUAUCAAUUCGUUACUGCAAUGUACGUAUUGCAGGUACUGUCAUUCCAAUGGCGAAGCUCCUAACCUUGUACUUAAUAAUAGUGUAAUAUAAUGUAACGAUAUGGGCGGGCGAUAAUGACUUAUAAGAUAAUUAUAUUUUAAGAGCCAAUUGAAUCACAUUUAUUAAUGUAUGGUAAACAAUGAGAUAUAAUCUAUAGAGGUUUUUUUUAAAAAUUAUGCUAUGUAAACCUACUGAGUAAGUAUUAUUUACAUUGUAACGUAAUAGUGUACGAAUAGAUUUUAUAUUUUAUUAAUCACAAUUGAUCAUACAUUCAUGCAGAAUGAAAUAAUACAUUAAUUUAGUAUUGAUGAAUAUCGGUUGAAUCAGGUUAAAUUAAAAACGUUAUAAUUAUCACACUUAGAAACUAAUAGAACUAAUCGCUAUUUAGAUAAUAACAUCUGGAGUUUUAAGUCAUAUCAAUCUCCGUGUGUAGACAAAUUGGAAGUGGAAAGAUAAUAGUAUAGGAAGUAUAUUAUAUUGUGUGCUUUACUAAAUCGAAUUAGUAAAGACUAUACGGUACAAGAACAAGACAAUUUAAGGUAUUGUGAUAAAAUCAAUAAUUUCAACAAUGGACUCCUUAUUGCGAGAAGAACUGCCAGAAAUUGUGAGUAAUGGUGCGUUCGGAAAAAAUCUCAAAUAUGUCUCAUUUGAUUUGGACAAGGAUAGCGUCGCACAGGAUCAGUACAUGUCCACAGUAAUAUUUGGUACAGUCACAACAUCUGACGAAUCACGACAUCGUGUUGUAAUAAAGUUAAAACUUCGAGAUGAGACCGUAAGAGCUAAGUUUAAAAUCGACUUUCAAUUUCACAACGAAAUUACUAUGUAUGAAAGAGUUAUACCAUUCAUAUUUGAAUGCCAUCGCUCUUUGUCAGGUGUCGAAGAUUGGCCUACAUUGGCUCGAUUUUUUUACGGUCGUAAUAAAUGUGGAGAAUUUGCUGAAAAAGAUUUAAUAGUAUUGGAGAACGUUGCUCCUUUGGGAUUCAAAUUGAGCGAAGCACGUCCGUUCCUUGACUAUAAUCACCUUGCAGCCGCGUUCCGAGCAAUAGCCAAGUUUCAUGGGUUGUCAUACACAGCAAAACACAAAAACCCCGAACGUUUUCAAAAAAUCGUCAAGGAUUUCCGAGAUACACAGUUUGACGCCAACGGGCAGUGGACAUUUAAGGACAACGCGGUGAGUCGAUUUGGUAAACGAGGACUCGACCGACUGAUUGAACGUAGCGGUGACCUUUACCGGGACAACGAGCACGUGCGACGAUUUGAUUUGCUUAUCAACGACGGAGCGAACUCAUUAAAACGUGUGCGUACUCCCCGAGAACCGUUUUCCGUCGUGUGCCACGGGGACUUCAACCGGAACAAUGUGCUGUUCCGGUACGACGAGGCGGGACUUCCGGUCGACGUGUUGCUGUUUGAUUUCGGGACGCCUCGUUACGGGUCGCCGGUGUUCGAUUUAUCGUUUUUCUUGUACAUGAACUCGACGCAAAGUUUGCGUGAAAGUCGGUUGGACGAUUUACUAAACGUGUACUGCUCGACGUUAGCCGAAACUGUACCGUCCGGCGUCCGGGUGCCAAACAGGGCCGAACUGGAUUCCGAAAUGGCCAAGUGUGCUUAUUAUGGCUUUCUACAUGCGUCAUAUUUCUUACCCCAUGAGGUGGCAACUAAAGUCGUUCAUAAAGAGAAUAUGGACGAUGAAGAAAUUAUACAGUGGUUAUUAGAGGUGGGUGGGGAAAAUGGAACGGAUAAAGUAGCUGACUUAGUCCAACACAUCGUUGAUAUGGGAUACACGAACGUGUUACCUAAUUAACUGUUUUUGACAAUUGUUUGUUACUAAUCACAAUAAUGUAAUUUUAUGUUGGUUCGGUGUUCAUUCAAAGAUUUUUUUUUUUAUAACUAAUAAUGUAUUUCUAUUCUUAAUGUUUGUGUUAACGUAGGUGUUUGUAUCAAUAUCAUUGUAUUUUACUUUUACAUACAUCCUUGUUUAAACUACUGCCGUUAAUAUUUAAUUCUUCAAUUUAUGUUAUUUUUUUGAUAAAUGAUUAUUACUAAUGGUCAUUAUUGUUACACUACACCGAACAAACAAUUUUGAGAGCAGCAUUAUAUUUUAUCAUAAUUGUUCACAUUAUAUUUGUUUAUUGAGGAAUUACAUCUUUUAUUAUUGCUUUUAUUACUUUAUAAUUGUAACUAAUUGUUAUGUUGCCUUGAUGCUCAGUUAAUGCUAAUUAUAAGUACCUAUUUUGAUUAUUUA